AUCAGUUUUGGGCUUGCGUCUUUGCUUUGCGACCAACGACGGGCGUUCGGGCGAGACCAAUGAAGAGUUGAGUGGAGUGCCCGAUGCUGGCGAGCAGUGGAAAUGGCGCUCUCCUUCCAUCGAAAAAGGCGUGCGAGCGCUGUACGAGCGACAAGAAGAAGUGCGACGGACACAGGCCAUGCAAGCGAUGCGUCGUGAAAAGGUGGACGGAUCAGUGCGUCUACGUGAGGAGCAAGAAGCGUGGCCCGCCAAGCAAGCGGGCACUGGACGAGGACUUGGCGAAAGAGAAAAGAAAGAGGCAGGACGAUGGCCAGGUCGACAACGGCGCGGAAAAUGCAGUAGUGCCUGACCCGCAUCUAGACGAGGAGCUGGCCCACGAGAUUGCGGCCAUCUACCAUGGGAUCUUACAUCUGCACAACCCCGUCCUUGAGAUUGGCGCGCUGUCGUCCAUCCGUGCCAUGGAGAAGUGCGACGAGAUCGCCUAUCGAGCGGCCAUGGGAGCCGCUGCAUCCCUCUACGCUUGCCUCUCUGGCCCCAGCAAGGCCAAGAAGGAGAAGGCCCUUGCCUACUUCUGCCACACCGCGCAGGAGCUCGGCAGGGAGAUUGUCCAGCUGCAGCAGCGCAUCGACGACGAAGAGCAUCUAGUCGCUGGAAGAGACGGUCUCAGGGCAGCGCAGCUCAAUCUGGUGCGGUAUCAAUUGGCGGUCGGAAUGCUCAACUUCGGACUGCUCAAGUUUGAGCUCGGCUGGCGACGGCUUGGAAAUGCGAUUCGCCUUCUUCAAUUCCUCCAGCUUCACACCAAGAGGCAUACUGACGCACAACAGACACCUGGCAGCAGUCUCAUUCUUUCCCCAGGAUCGGGUGCUGGCCCUUCGACGAUCCCCUCCGCGGCCGUGGCUCGCCAGCAGCAGGAAUACUCGCGCUUAUUCUGGCAAGCAUACAUCUUGGACCAGAUCACCUCCGUCACGCUGCAGCGACCGCCGAUCCUGCGAGCAGCAGAGUGCGACGCUCCCUUCCCAGAGACGGACUCGGUCGAGGAGCACAAGCUGUGGCUCACCGACCUGACGCGCGACCUUGUCAAUCUAAAGCACCAGGCAAGCCUGGACGGGGUCAAGUGCCACCUCAAUACGAGCAUGCGGUGCUGGGCAAGCCUCAUGACGAUUCACGAGAAGCUGCACCACUACCAUCUCCAGCCCCUGCAAUCAGCCGCAGCGUCGGACAACCAAAGCGAGCUGCCUGCUGACCAUACGACCUCUUCUGAGCUGGCGCGCCAUCUUGCGCGAGCGGGUCAGGCUCUUCAGAAGUGGAAAGAUGGCCUGCCGGCGCCCGUCGCGUGGCAGUCGCCGCUCCUCCUACCCUGGGACACCGUGCUGCCUCUCUUAUCGUCGAACACUUCUCCGCAGGGAGCACCGCCGCCGCCGCCGCCGCCCGACGCUCGGACCAACGGUGCCUGGAGUGAAGGCACAGCAGGCAGCGCGCAAGAAGACGACCUGACACCCUACUUUGAAGCCGCCAUCGCUCGUCACUAUGGAGUGUCGCCUCAGAUACUCACGGUGCGCGUGUGGUACUGCGCCUGCAUGAUCCUCUUCUAUCGCACCCAUGCCCGCUUCCUGAUGGACGGCCUCUCGUCGACCACAGGCCAUUGCACGUUUGCUCGGCUGCCCUUUGCCUUUGUCCAGCGCGCUGCGAUGGAGCUGUGUGCGAUCCUGACGAGCUUCGACGACGUCUUUUCCAUCCGGCUCUCGCCCGUCAUCCAGACGCACGCCAUCUUUCAAGCCGCAGUGAUCCACGCGAUGGCCUUUAGUGCCUGGCAGCGCGAAGCCCUCUCGCCGGUGCCUGUACACCCCGUGCUGACGCGGUCAAGCGUGGAGCACAGCCAGAUGCUGCUCAGACGAUGCAAGACGUGGCUCGACUCGAUGGGAUUGCAGUCGCGCAGGGUGCCUGCGCGCCACAGCCUCAUCCUCUCCAAGCUCGACAGCACCUUUGGCUCUCGGGACGACGACCGGCUUGCCCGUCUACCGAUCGACGACAGCAGCAUCGAUGAUGAGUACCCGAAGCGCGACACAGAAGGACAGGGACGCGCGUCUACGCUACCGAGCUUCUCUGACGACGAGACGCCGUCCAGCAGGGCACUGCACUCCACCAGCUCGCUCCAGGAUCCCUCUGGACAACACGCGCCACAAGGCUCUGCCUUGGAUCAGCAGUGGCAAGAGUGGUUCCGGUCGUUGAAGCCGUCAGACACGACAGAGUACCCCACCUUGCAAGUGGCGCCCCAAGCACCAUCGGUGGCCGACUUUAAUCCACCGCCACUCGCAGGCGGCCAGGCGCCACGUGAGAAUGAGACGACACUGACGCCAGCAGCGUUGUUUGACUCUGCAUGGUCGCAGCUCCCCUACUCCAGCAACGACUUUGACGAGUGGAUGUCUUUCCUGGAAAGAAUGCCUCGUUGAGGGCGGGGGAAUUGACCUCGAAGUAGUUUGUAUUGCAAUGUAAUCUAUUGUUUCGGCUGCAGGAC